CAAAAGCAACAUGAAACCUGUGUAUCUAUUACUCCUCUGCUCUAAUGUGGUAUGUCCGGUGAAACAUUCAUUGGUUAGUUUUGACACUGGUUCCUCUGGAAACCCAAACAUAUCCGAGUUUGUGGGUUUCCCAGUAAUUGAUGGCAUUCAGAUGGCUUACUACUGUGACAGCAGCAACAAGAUACUGGAAGCAAGACAGGACUGGGCGAAGAAAUUAUUAGAUACCAACCCUCAGAUGUUGGAGUCGCUCACUGACUAUUGUUUUGUGGAUCGGCCAAAUCUGUUCAGAUUAUGGAUUUCUAGUUUGAAGCAGCAGUUAAACCAAAGUAGAGCUGUCCACAUUUUACAGAUGAUAGAAGGCUGUGAAUGGGAUGAAAACACCGGAGAGAUUACUGGACUUUUACAGUACGGAUAUGAUGGAGAAGACUUUCUUAAAUUGGAUCUAAAGACGCUGAAGUGGAUCGCACUGAAACCAGAGGCUGACAUUAUCAAACAGAGUUGGGAUGCUGACACAACCAGAAUGAAAGACCGUGAAAAAAUCCUCACUAAGAUUUGUCCAGAGUGGCUGAAGAUGUAUGUGGAGAGUGGCAACAGCUCUCUGCAGAGAACAGUUCUUCCCUCAGUGUCUCUCCUCCAGAGGACUCCCUCCUCUCCAGUCAGCUGCCAUGCUACAGGUUUCUAUCCUAACAGAGCCGUCAUGUUCUGGAGGAAAGAUGGAGAGGAGAUCCAUGAAGGUGUGAAUCCUGGAGAGAUUCUCCCAAACAAUGACGAGACCUUUCAGAUGAGUGUUGAUCUGAAUGUUUCAUCAGUCACACCUGAAGACUGGGGAAGUUACGACUGUGUGUUUCAGCUCUCUGGUGGUGAGGACAUCAUUGUUAUCAAACUGAAUAAAACUCAGAUCAGCACAAACUGGGGCAAAAAAAUAUUUAACACUGAUGAAGAGACGUCCUCUGACAUGCUGUUCAACACCAUCGCUGCAGUCCUUGUUUUUGCUGUUCUCAUUCUCAUUGCUGCCGCUGGAUUUGCUGUUUGGAAAAAGAAGAAAGACAGACGGCCUACAUCUUCUCCUGACAAAGGAUCUGAGCUGUCAGAGCAACUAAAUCAACAAGGCUGACUGUCAUGUCUCCCUUCCCACCACAUCUCAAAAGGUUCUCUAUUAGACUGAGAGCCUGUCACUGCAGAGGGCAUUAUAGACUCAUUUACUCAUGAACUCACUUUGUGACGUGUUAUCCUGCUGGAAGGACAACAUGUUGACACGCUGGUCAUAAAGGAGUGGACAUGGUCAGCAACAUAGUAGUUACGGAUAACAAUCAGGGACGCUGUGGGGUAAUAUCCUCCGCUGCCAACACCAUCAACCAGCAGCAGAACAUCAGUGUUAUCUGCGAUGUGCAUUUCUGGACUCUUUAUGUUUGGUAAACUUUAUGUUUGGUGGUGGUUUGUGAUUGGAUAAACUUGUUUCUCUUCUGUUUGUUUUCAGCCUAGCAUCCACAGUUUUCAAGAUCUCAUGUUCAAAUUUUGUGUGAUGGUUGACAGCAAUGACAGCUUAAGCUGAUGUAAUUUUGUAAAAACUGUGUCUAGGUCAAGGCCACAUCCUUCAGCAGGAGUUGUGCUCUCUGAGUGCUUCUGCACUUCAGGUGCCCUGGCUAACAUUUCUUUCCAAAAAACACUGAACAAACAGGAGGACUCGGAGAAUGCAGCGCCCCACGGAUGGCAAGGGUUAUACUAAAACUUUACUGCUGUUGUUUGAUGUCUUCAUUACAACAUGCUGAAUUGGCUGAAAUCUUUCUAUAAGCUGUAAAAACCUGAGAUGAUUCCCUGAGAUUAUUCCCUUAUCCCCAGAUGAACAGAAUCAACUUUUGGAAAUUUACUUACCUGGAUGAUUGAGCAUGCAUCAAGAUGUAACUCUUCAUUGUUUUGUAAGCUUUACAAUUACAGUUUGUUUUGUGCACAUAGUCACGGCAGUUUUGAGCCUCAGUUUUGUAUUAUAUAACGGCAGGAGCUAGAAAUGUUGCUAUUAUUAUCCAUUUGGUGAGGAAACGUUCCGAUAUAUGUUUAGUAACCACUUUAGUAUUUGGUUUAUUAUUUAGCUUUUCCUUCUACUCUGUGACAUUGAGCAGUACAGGAUGUGAAAUAUUUAUGUUCAUUUCAUUGCAAUAAACAACUGCAUGAGAGAAGCAAGUCAAAGUCACUCUCGUGAUUCUUUCCCCCUGUUUUCAGGGGUAACAUGAACACGAUCCAUCAAAAUUGUGCGUAACAUAAAGUUUUUACUGAUUUUCACAUUUGGUGUGACCAGACAGACAAACAGAAGAGAUUACAUGCUCCCUCCCUUCGGGGAGCAUCAAGGAAGUUGUUUCUAAGUACUAAAGAUGUAACACUAUAUUUAAGUUUAUACUUUUAUAUAGAU